GAUUCACUUAUCUGAACGACUCGUACCGCGAAUGUGUUGUACCUACUUGUAGUCGGUUAGCGCAACCGGUGGUCGGCGGUCGUGAUCUCGCUUCGUCUAAUUGUUUUUUUUAAGUGUUUUUAAAGUGUGAGUGAACUGUGUUAACGGUAUAAGCGAAGUUAAAUUGCAGAUAAGACUGAAAUGUUUAAUUAUUGAAACGGUUUUCGAGUACCAGUUUAAUUAGAACAAGCAAAAAUGCCGCGUGUCGACAACCGCCAGCCGGCGGCGACCGAAGAUUUCCGCCGCGUGCUCAGAGAAAAAGCGCUGAACCACAGCCUGUUCUACUUGAAGCUGAGUGCAGGAGUUUCGCCGGAACAUAAGCGGGAACCAUCGAUUGCGCACGCGCCGCGCAGGACCAACGGCAUCGCCAGUGCGGGCGCGCGCGCGCCGCCGACCGGCCGCGUCACUCGUCAGGCGCAACCUCGCGUCUCUGAACUUCUUCGACGUUUCGAACCCGCUCCGAUGCAGUACCUUCGCCCACCGCGGGCCUCUUCACCACUCGAAGAUAUUUCGUCCUCGGAUGACGACGACAGAGUCGCUGUCAGACGUCGCAGCCGCGACCUCAGUGACGAUUCUGCAGUAGAACUAGAAACGCGUUUGCGGAGACAUUCACAUCCUCGGGAUAUCACGCCUCCACCUGACACGAUGUCGCCCAGACGAGAGAGAACUUUGAUUGAAGCUCAUGAUGUAGAACUGGGGCGAAGAAGUAGCGAGGGUUGCGAGAUCAGAGGCCGUUGCGUGAGGACCCCCAGUGUAGUGGUGAGCGACUACUCAGACGGCGUGGUGGCGGUGGGUGCUACUGAAGAAGAGGUGGACUGGUUGAGGUCCAGGUCUCUGUCAGCGGACUCCGCGUGCUCGUCGUGCUCCACGCUGUCAAGUCGCGAGGAUGAGGAGUUCGAACCACCUACUAUGCCCAAAAAGCAAUCGGAAAGAUGGCGUAAACUCCGCAACAUCGUGCAGUGGACGCCGUUCUUCCAAACCUACAAGAAACAGCGGUAUCCUUGGAUCCAACUAGCUGGACAUCAAGGCAACUUCAAGGCGGGGCCUGACCAAGGCACAAUCUUGAAGAAACUCUGUCCGCAAGAAGAAAGGUGUUUUAAGAUUCUGAUGAAAGACGUUCUUCGGCCGUUCGUACCUGAAUACAAGGGACAAGUCACCUGUGAAGACGGAGAACUGUAUUUACAACUACAAGACUUGCUGAGCGAUUUCGACAGUCCCUGCGUCAUGGACUGCAAGAUUGGAGUCAGGACGUACCUGGAGGAAGAGCUCGCCAAGGCUAAGGAGAAAACUAAAUUGAGAAAAGAUAUGUACGAAAAGAUGAUCCAGAUAGACCCUAAAGCGCCAACUGAUGAAGAGCACAGGAGUAAAGGCGUUACGAAGCCAAGGUACAUGAUCUGGAGGGAGACCAUCAGUUCCACUGCGACCCUCGGCUUCAGGAUAGACGGUGUCAAGAAAGCUGAUGGCACUAGCUCCAAAGACUUCAAGACUACUAAGACUAGAGAACAAAUUGUUGAAGCUUUCAAAGACUUUACCAGUAACUUUCCUAAUGCUGCGCCGAAAUACUUAGAAAGACUGAGGAGCAUCAGGGAUACACUGAAAGAGUCAUCGUUCUUCAGAUCUCACGAGCUCAUCGGCAGCUCCUUACUCUUCGUUCACGACAAAAGAAGGGCUUCCAUCUGGAUGAUUGACUUCGCAAAGACUGUCCCCGUUCCAGACAAUGUCAGCAUAGACCAUAACUCUGUCUGGAAAGUCGGCAACCACGAAGACGGCUACCUCAUUGGACUAAACAACCUCAUCUCGAUCUUCCAAUCUCUCAGUAAGGACGACAACGGCAACAUAGACCAGUGCUAUUCUGACGUAACCCUAGAAAAGAAUGUUCGAAAGGACAAUUUUGAUACUUGAAGUAUCAAGACUUGAGAGAAAUCUCAUGAGAAUUGACUGUGCACCGUGAUGUUGUACUGUUAUGCAUUUUCAGUAGUAAUACUGAGCUGUACAGAUCUGAUGGCAUGUUUAUGCGACGCUGAACUUAGCGUGAAUGAAGUGACGUGUAUACAGUGUGAAAAUGAAAGGUUACUCUGUAACGCAUGCGUGAAUUGAGAAGCAUUAAGUUGGGCAUCGCAAAAACAUGUUAAAUGAGACGAUCUUUUUGAUCGUAAUCGUUCACGACUAUGUACCUAUACUUAUUCUAUAUUUCUUGUAAAUAAUCCAUAGUAUUAUAAAUAUAUUUGUAACGUUAAGUUUAAAAUACUCAAUGCUAGCGUUAGAUUUGGGCACCACCAAUAGUUUUAAUGUUUUUGUUUCUGUAUUGAAUUAAUUGUAAAAUUGUAUUCUAAGGUUAUUUCAAGUACCUAACGACUUAAUGAUUCUGAUCAAUUUAGAACAAAUUUAUUAUUGCUAGUGUAAAAGAACUGAAAUACAGAACUUUAUGUAUCAUUAUCCGUUUUUAUUGUAAGUUUUAUUAUAGAACUUUCAUGAAAUCAUAAUAGUUGAUUCAUUAGCAGAUAUUUAUUUUGUUUUAAGUACACUAUAUUAGUGUAAUGACUAGAUGGAAGUCAAUAUUAUAAGUUUAAAACAAUCUAAAGGUACUAAAUAAAAAAUAUUUCUCGUCAA